AUGAUCCUCAAUUUGAUCCUUGUGCUUUUUUGUGUCACUACUCCAAUAAUCAAAGGUGAGGAAUCAAGGAAGCUUGAUGCCACAAACGGUGAUGUGAAGUGCGGGUCAUGUGAAGGUGGUUACACCCCAUCACCACCUCCACCAACAAUAGAAUACUUAUCACCGCCACCACCAUCGCCGUUGCCGCCGCCACCACCUUCACCGAAGAAACCAUCAUCAAAGUAUUGCCCUCCACCACCAUCAUCAGCAUACAUGUACCUGACGGGUCCACCGGGGAACUUGUAUCCCGUUGAUGAGAAUUUUAGUGGAGCAAGUCCUAGCCGCCACCAGAGUUUUUCACUGUUCUUGCCACUUUUGGUUGCUACCGUUUUGUUGAUUAGCUUGGCAAGAAAUUAA